CAUUACAAUUACAAUUUCAAGCCUUUCCAACUUCCAAGUUCCAAGAGGCCCGAGAGACUCUUAUCCUAUCCUCUUUCUUUUUCUUCUUCAUCCUCUACCUUCGUUUCACUCGUCACUCUUCACCCUCAAUUUUCCAAUUUCAGAAACCCUUCAAUUUCAAUAACACAAUGGCAACUACAAUUUCAACUCUCACCCUUCGUUUCCCUUCAUCCUCUUCCCCCUCUUAUCCUACACCCUCCUCUUAUCCUGCGCUCACCAAACCCUCCCUCCACUUCCCUUUCCACAACAACCACCGCUCGCUCUCCCACCGCACCACUCACCUCCGCCCCCUAGCCGCCGUCGCCGUACCUGAGAACAUCGAGGAGCUUGGCACCAAGAUCUCCGGCCUCACCCUAGAAGAGGCCAAGGUCCUCGUCGACUACCUCCAGGACAAGCUCGGCGUCUCCGCCGCGUCCUUCGCCCCCGCCGCUGUCGUUGCCGCACCUGGAGCAGCCGGCGCCGCCGAGGCACCCGCAGCGGUGGAGGAGAAGACGGAGUUCGACGUUGUGAUCGAAGAGGUUCCGAGCAACGCGAGAAUCGCUGUGAUUAAGGCUGUGAGAGGAUUGACAAGCCUUGCGCUGAAGGAAGCGAAGGAAUUGAUCGAAGGUUUGCCGAAGAAGUUCAAGGAAGGGGUUUCGAAGGAUGAAGCUGAUGAAGCAAAGAAGCAGCUUGAAGAAGCUGGUGCCAAAGUUUCCAUUGCUUAGGGUUUGUUGUUGCUGUUAUAUUCUGAUUUCUUUUUGUGGAAUUUUCAGAGAGAACUGUUAAUUUUUGUGUAAUAGAUAAUGUUUCUUAGUAAAAAAAAAAUGUGUAAUUUGAUUUUAUUGCUUGUCUCUAUGGGUUUGGAAUCGAAUUGAAAUUGUAAUGCGUUUAAAAUGAGGAGCUUUACUUAAUUUA